UAAGCCGGUAACAGGUCUGAUCGUUUCCUUGUGUACAUGCAGUCGUGCAUUUGCUGAGAACGUGCCGACAUGUUUCAAAGUAAACCUGAGGAGAGGCUAACUUUGGAGUUGAGCUGUCCCAUCUGCUUGCAGCUGUACCGUGACCCAGUGGCCCUUCCUUGCGGACACAAUUACUGCCUGGGUUGCAUACAAAACGCAGCCGACGCAGGGGAUCCUAAGUACCCAAUGUGUUGUCCGGAAUGCAGAGAGGAGUACAGCAGCCCAAAGACGCUGGCAAGAAAUUUCAAACUAAGUGGCAUCGUGGAUGGAUACCUGGCAGCCAUGUCCGGCGGCAGACUGAGAGCAGAUCCUUUGAUACCGUGUGACCAAUGUUUGGAUGAUCCCGUGGCUGCGGUGAAAUUCUGCACGUGUUGCAAGAUGUCACUGUGCUCCGGCCACCUUGAGUGCCACAAGGAUCACGUGUUAGUGGAGGCGUCCAUGGAGCAGGGCGGGAAGAGAUGUCCGGUGCAUAGGAAGACCACAGAAUACCUGUGCAUGAAAAAGCGACUGUUCCUCUGCUCAGACUGUUUGAUAGAGGGGGCCCACCAGAACCAUGAUGUGCAGACAUUUGAGGUCGCUAAGGAGGAGAUGAAGAGAGUCCUGGAGGGGAUGAGGAAGACUGUGUCUGACAAGCUUCAGAUGACCGAAGCUUUGCUCAGAAACGCCAUGGAAAGGGAAGGAUUGGACAAUCUAGAAGACAAACUGGUGGGCAGGGCAAACAUUCUUCUGGAAAACAUGAGUACACUUAUAAGUGCAUACAAGAGUCGUAUGAGCACUUUGAUGGAAGAUGAGCUUCAUUUGCGCGACAAAAGCUGGGAGGCCAAUCUGAGCAAUUUGGAAGGUUGUCAACAGCUGCUGAGGGAAGCCCACCAGAGCAGCCAAGAGGUUCUCUCCGAGCCCUCUGAAUUUGUCUUCAUCCAGAACUACCUCAACAUCGAGGCAAGGGUGCGCCAGGCUGCCAACAUCCCCAUCCCUGGCAUAUCUGCUCAAGAGUGGUCCAAUGGCAAACACCUGCGCACCACCCUCCAAACGAACAACUUCCGUGCGGAGAUGAGCCUCCUGCUGGACUGUCUCCAUGCAAUGAUGAACCCUCUAGACCUGACCUUCAACCCGGCCACAGCCCACCCUGGCCUUCUGCUGUCGACUGAUCUCAAAACAGUGAAGCAGUGUGGUGGAGGGAAGAGCAGCAAUGCUGGAGAUCACAGCGAGCGCUUCACCACGGCCACUCAGGUCAUGUGUUCCCAGGGUUUCUCCAAUGGAGUCCACAUGUGGACGGUGGAGUUAGGUCCCGGGUGCAUGUGGUCCAUUGGACUGUGCUACAAGAGCAUCCCGCGUAAAGGUGACCACAGCAAGCUGGGCCAUAACAGCAGUUCCUGGAGGCUGCAAUGGAAGAGCAAGAAGCUGACGGCAUGCUACGAUUCGGUUAACGUAACCAUAGGUGAUGGGUUGAUCGUACCCCCGAAGAAGGUGGAAGUGACCCUGGAUUACGAAGGAGGAACUGUGGCGUUCCACAGCACAGGUCACGGAGGACGAAAGCAACAUCUGCAUACGUGCAGUGUGUUGUUCAAAGAUGUUGUGUAUCCAGCGUUUGGUAUCCACUCUGCUUCAGAGGAAUCUUGGAUAACUAUUUCAAGUGCAGCUUAACAGACACA